CACCAUUGUCAUCAAUUAGUCAAUCGUUAAGAGAGAUCCUUCCCAAUAGAGUAGCAAAAGUUAUGCUCGUCGAAGACCUUGCCAAAUGUCGUACAGAAGGGCAGCGGCAAAUUACUGUCGUACGUAUUAGAGAUCAAAUAGCACCAAUAUUUCGCAAACUCAAACAACUAUUGCCAUGCUCGCAAGUUAUUCAAAGGCGUUUUGUGUCCUGUUACACAGGACAAGGUGUGGCCUUAGUUCCUUACGCAAGGGAAUUUAGUAGGCAAUUCGACGGAUUUUCUUCCUUAGGAAGAGAAACGUUUGUAGCUCUUGAAGCAAGUAAUCCGGAGAAAGGCAAGCUUGCUAACCGUCUCUUUCCUCUAACAGCAAUUUACGCAGCUAUGGCUAAAAAUCGUCACCAGGAGAAAGAACUUCAGGAAAUCGGACAUAAAGGGAAUAGAGGUGAGCUUCACGUAGAAUUAGCAAAUUUAGGACAAGAGAUGAGAGAGUUGGAGACUCGACGGCAAACGAUUUCCGAGAUUUCUUAUCCAGUCAAACUAUUCAUUAGUCUUGUGUCAGAGGAAAAGCACCAUCAGUUGGCUGAAUUCCAACAUUACUUGGAGUUGUGGAAAGCGGAAUAUUUCAAUCCUCAUUUUAGAGAGAGACGGAAUCUAAUGGAACAGCUAGAAUCAAGUAGAAACGCAGAUCAAACGGAAAGUGAACAGCAGAGUCAACACAGAAUAGAUGAUAUCAAACGUCAGCUGGAGGAAGUUUCAUUUUGCAUAGAUCAGUUAGAUAUAUCGAUAGACUCCUUUUGGAGUGAGUUGAUGGAACUUUGUGCUUUGUUAGAAGAUGAUGCAAUAGUGAAUGAUCAUUUGAGCAAACUUUGUCUAGAUCCCCGGGUAAUUAAUUAAGCAAGUUUACACACAAUGUGUAUGGGAAGGUUAUCCUAUGCAAUUACUUCGAGGAAAUCCGUUACAGAUGACUGCAAGCAAGUUUAUACAAGACAUAAUGAAACAGCUAGGAGUUGAGUUGAAGAACAGAAGUGACUUGCUUGUUGUAUCAGUUAUAGGCGCGCAGAGUUCUGCUAAGUCUACAUUGCUCAAUUACUUGUUUGGAUGUGGGUUUGCCACGAGGGUGGGAAGAUGCACGAAAGGUCUGUAUGCUUCAUUCGUACGCAUAUCGGACGGAAGAUAUCUUUUAGUUCUCGAUUCGGAAGGUCUUUUGUCGUUAGAAGGAAGUGGUCACGUAUUUGACGGUCAAAUUACGGUGAUGGCUAUGGCUUGUUCAGAUGCUGUUAUAGUGAACCAUAAGGGAGAGAUUUCUUCUCAAAUGAAAGAAUUGUUAGAAGUUUGUUUAUACGCAAUGGAUUAUCUGCAAGUGGCCGAUAUUCGAACGGAAAUGAUGUUCGUAUUGCGAGACCAGAGAGAUCGUAACACCAAAGUACAAAGCGAUUCGCUAACACUGAUGAGGAAGAUGCUGAGAGAAGCAAUGGGAAGUGGACAGAAAAAUCUUGAUGAUCUCGUGUCUUUGAAGCAUGACGCUAUAUUUCUUCUUCCAAGUGCAUUUUCUGAAGUAAAACGGGAAGAACGAACUGUAGAAUCACCGUCUGCUGUUUUUUCUGAAGAGGCGUUUGCCCUACGCCAAAGGAUACUGCAGUCAACGCUCGGCGAUCGUUCAACGUUAGACUCGCCUGACGACAGUGAGGUUCUCAUAAACUGGUAUAGACACGCUUGUAUAGUGUGGGAUACACUCACUAAGUACGGUUACACAUUAUUGCAUUACAAAGCUCUUCAUGAAUUGCGUCUUCACAAAGAGAUAAAUGAAAUCGUGACGUCUCUUGUCAAACAAGCUGAAAACAAGUUCAAUGAGCAAGCGAGAGCUGUUGUGAAGAAACACACAGAACGUUUGCAGACGGUCAAAGACGAGACAUCAGUUCUAAUGUAUGACAAAGAGUGUCAGUCUGAGCUAACUAGUUUGAAAAGAGCAACGCACGAAGAAUUAGUUCAUUACUUUGAGCAACGCACUCAAGCCAAGAAGUACAACGAAGACCUAAAGAAAGAAUUUCGUUGCAAAUUAGCAACUCCACUGUCUUCUGCUUAUGACUUUCACACCUACUCAUGGUUGAGACAACUGCAUUUGGCUAAACACAGACUUAACACUGAGGCUUUUGAUCGAAGCUUCUACGUACAACUGGAUAGAGAGUUGACGCGUACUGGAUAUCAAUCGUCAUUGUCCGUGUCUGACGCAGCAAAGAUCUUUGAUAACCUGUGGAAGCAGUAUGAAUCAAAGUAUAGAAAACGUUUACUAGAAACAAGAAAGACAGACGUAGACGUUGAGGCAGAAGUUUUGAAGAUAUUUCGCCACGUUUGGGAAAGACAUCAACAUAACAAGAUACUGGCCAUCGUCUCUUCUGCCUUUCGUUUAACUACAUUGUCAAAAUCAACAGACUUUGUUAACAGCAGUGACAAUAUAUGGGUUAAAAAGUAUCUCAAAACAAAAUCUACUGUGAUCCAGAAAGCAUGGGACAUGUUUUUACCGACGUCAGACAAAAAUUUAAUUGGUUCAAACUCCGUCGUAGUUCACGAAAUGAAGACGAGAGUGCAAAAUUUGCAAGACAGGUUCGUGAAGAAGAUCGUAUCGCAAGACGGCAAAUGUAACACAGAUAUUGUCACAGAUAUUGUUCUUUUAGCCUGUAAUGAGGUUAAACAGGUGGAAUCCGUGUUGUUUACAUAUCAUGAGAGACUGAAGCUACAGCGAGCUCCAUUUACUAACGAUCUUAUUGUUCAUUUGCAGCAAGUAGCAUAUCAGGUAGUUUGCUCUGCUGAGGAAAAGCGCAUUUUAGAACAGGAAGACGAACUUGAACGAAUGAGAGAGAAAAAGAGAGAAACCUUUAUUGCCACAGCAAGUAACGAAGCUGACGAUCUGGAACGCGCUGCAAGGUUUGCCGACGAGUAUAAUGAACAGUUAAAGGUAUGGGUAAAGAGCAAAGUGCACGAAUUCGCGUCCGAGGUUCGUGACCAAGUUCUUCAGCAAAUGCAGGAUCCAGAGAAGGCAGCAGAACGUGCUUACCAUAGCUCAUUUAAAAGAGGCAACUAUGAUGAGGUGUUGGAAUAUUGCAUCGAUGUAAACGCAUAUCUGAAAAAAUUAUUUAUUCAGAUGUUUGCAAAUCGCAAGCAGAUAGCAAUACAUACCAAUGAGCAUAAACUAACAGAGAGCGUUUCAGAAAUGUACAAGAUGGUAGAGGACACUGCAGUAAGGUGGCAACAAAGCUGUCAAACUACUGCAGGUCAUCUUAAUGACUUUAAAGAUUAUCUGGAAACCCGUGCCGAAGACUUAAGUGAGACGGCUAGUGUUCGAAACUUGCUGAUGGCUGCAUUGGUCAGAUUUCCGCAAAUGACCAAUUUUCCUAUUGCACGAGUUGAGGUAUUCUGUACACGGUGUAAGUCCAGUAUGCGUAAGCUGCUAACCAAAGUACUUGAGAAUUUGCAAGAAAUAGUAGCUAACAGCAUGAGUGACGAGUGUGAACAAGUUUGGACAAAAAUAAAAGGAUGUCGAGCAAAGUGCCCACUUUGUGGUUCAAAAUGCUCACUCGUGAACGAUCACAGUGAUCAUAAUUGUGCUCGUCAUAUUUUUCCUGCUUUUCAUGGCACCCGUGUGCGUAAUUGGAAGCAUCCAGUGUUCGACAUGUGUCUUAGCACCGACGCUGCAGACAUGAUGUGGGGUAGAGGUGACGAUCCGAUGCUUCCAAGCCUGUCAGAGUUUCUUGACUAUUACGAUGACUGUCGCCCAUGGAAGAAGUCAAUUGUUCCUGACCCAACUUUAGUCCACGAGCCAGAAGAACAGAUUCAAGCAUGGGCUGUUUGUAGAAAACCUCUUGUGAAAUAUUGGCAUUUUGUGGACAAAACUCCUGAGGAUUGGUUGAAUUACGAGAGCAACAAACCGUUGAAAAAAGACGAAUGUGAUAAGGCAAAAGCUAGACUGGAAGAGUACCAAGACAUCUAGAUGACAGCGUUUUAGGGACAUUUGGCAGUAAAUGGUAAUUGCGUGGUAUGCAGUACAUGCUUUAUGUAGCAGCUAGUUAGAUGUGAUACGUUUGCUUUUUGCUGCAUUCGUUUUGCUUUGUCUUGAUGUUAGGAAGCAAUUGAUGUGUGAAUGUAGUUGGUGUUGCUAUGGUAUUACUUAGUAAACUAAGAGGA